UUGGAGUAUAUCGAAAAACUUCGAGGAGAAGAAAGAGUCGAAGAAGAAUCGCGAUACCGUGCGGAAGCGGAAUCGGAAGCAGGUUUUAUUCAAGUGUUGGAGGAAGGACGAGCUGCUGCUAUGGUAGAACUGCAGUCUCAGGAAGAUAUAAUUCGAUCAGCAUUACUAAGAAUGGAUGCCAAUUCUCUACCUGCGGAGAAUUCGGACAAUGGAUUGCCAACACCAGUGAUGCGCAAUGGUGUUCAAAAUGUACGAUUACCGAAAAUUGAGCUAAAACCUUUUAUGGGUAAUCCUAAAGAUUGGCCUCAGUUCUGGGCGCUAUUCGAAGCUGCAGUUGAUUCUCAACCGAUACCACCGGUACAAAAGCUGACUUAUUUGAUGGGAUGUCUAAAGGAUCGAGCUUACCGCGCGGUGGCUGGAUACAGUGCUAAUGCUGAUAAUUAUGCAGUGGUAUUGAACGUCUUGAAGAGACGAUUUGGAGAUGUUGAUAUCAUUCGCCAUACUUUGCAUGAUGAAUUAAAGAAUUUGAAAGCUGUGGACAAUACGCGUGGACUUCGGGAUUUUGUAGAGACAAUGGAAAGAAUUUUAGUGCAAUUGGAAAAUAUGGGCGAAAAUAUUGACCUACAGCAUGUCGAUAUGAUGAUUAAAAGUAAGCUCCCGCGCUGGGCAUUAUUGGAGCUUUACGAGGCAAAAAUACAUGAUAAACCGUGGAAUUUAUGA